AUGGCGCAGGCGGGCGGCUCCUACAACAACCCCUUGAAGAAGUUCAAGCUGGUUUUUCUCGGCGAGCAGAGUGUCGGCAAAACGGCUCUGAUUACGAGAUUCAUGUACGACUGCUUCGACAACAUGUACCAGGCCACUGUCGGCAUCGACUUCUUCUCCAAGACCAUGUAUCUCGAGGAUAGAACCGUACGACUGCAGCUCUGGGACACGGCCGGCCAAGAACGCUUCCGAAGCUUGAUUCCCUCCUAUAUCCGCGAUUCCAGUGUCGCCGUUGUUGUCUACGACGUGUCAAACGCGAAAUCAUUCCAAAACACAAAGAAGUGGAUCGACGAUGUUAGAGCCGAGCGAGGCAACGAUGUCAUCAUUGUCCUGGUGGGCAACAAGACCGAUCUUAACGACAAGCGCGAGGUCACGACGCAACAAGGCGAGGACGAGGCCAAGAAGAACAACUUGAUGUUUGUCGAGACGAGUGCCAAACUAGGCCACAACGUCAAGCACCUCUUUAAAAGGAUAGCGCAGGCCCUGCCUGGUAUGGAGGGCACAGAUGCUGCCGCCCAAGCCUCGAGCCAAAUAAUCGACGUUAAGACCAACAGUGUGCAGCAGACCCAGGAGGGCUGCUCGUGCUAG